AUGAAUCCCGACGACUACGAUUUGAGUACAUCGGAUGGCUGCAGACGGGCCUUGACUCGAGCCUUGUUCGAUUGCGUUAAUGAAGCCGCAGUGGAAUGCUUGGCCGCAGCGGCGGCGGCGGUGGCGGCGGUGGCGCGGGUCCCUCGUUCGAUUCGAUGUCGAACGUUUGUCCCCCGCGAACACGACGUAGCUCACGAACGGCUGUUCGCAGACUAUUUUGUCGAGCAACCACGGUGGGGCCCCACCUUUUUUCACCGCCGUUUUAGAAUGAGCCGAGAUCUUUUUCUUCACAUUGUGCACACGUUGGAAGGACGUGAUGAAUACUUCCAGUAUCGUGAAGACGGCAUCGGUAGACCCGGACUUACGCCGUUGCAGAAGUGCACGGUUGCGAUUCGGCAGUUGGCCUACGGCACCACAACGGAUAUGUUCGACGAGUACCUUCACAUCGGGGAUACAACUGGCCGCAGUUGUCUAAAGAAUUUUUGUAAGGGAGUUGUGGAGGCUUUUUGCGACAUAUAUUUGCGACGCCCGACCUGCUGA